UCAUCCUCUUCAUUCACAACAUUCCACCAACAGAGAAGGUGAUCAUUGUCAUCAAUAAGCAAGCAUAUAUAAUAUAAUAGUAUAUCAUGAACUGGAGUUCAGGGCUUCACACGAACAAUGGAAACAAGAAGUUCAAGGGAAUCCGGCGCCGGAAGUGGGGCAAAUGGGUCUCCGAGAUUCGAGUUCCGGGCAGCCAAGAACGCCUCUGGCUUGGAACCUACGCCACGGCGGAGGCUGCGGCGGUGGCUCACGACGUCGCCGUGUACUGCCUGAGGAGGCCUUCCACGGCGGAGAAGCUCAACUUCCCGGAGGCCUUGUCCUCCUACUGUGCUCACCAGAGGGAUGACAUGUCUCCGAGGUCUGUUCAGAGGGUGGCUUCGGAUUUCGCCAUGGACGUUGAUGCGCGCAAGGUCGCAGCAGGGGAAACAGAGAGUCACGUGAGUAGUGAGAACAGAGCACGUGAUGGUGGUCACGUGCGUAGCAGUAGUGGUGCACAUGAUGCUGGACAAGUUGCAAGUGCGGAUGUUGAUGUGUUGUGGUGGGAAGGUUUGGGUGGGGAUGAUGGUGGGGCCGCUUGGCAAGGAUUAAUGUCUAGAGAUUAUGGAGAAGGGGAGGCUUUAAGCAUUUCCAUUGAAGAUUAUCUUUAAAUAAGGCUUGAUCCAAGAUUUGAAUUGAGUUACUAGAUGAUGUUUUGGGUGUGGGUUACUUAAUUGUAUAGAUUAGUAGUUAUUGUCAUGAAUGAACCGGUUUAAAUUGCAGUUAUGUUACGGCUGCAAUUGCGGGUUGAUACGGCUGCAAUUGCAGUUGCUAUACCUAUUCGGGGAUUCCAAAACGGUUAAGUUGUCGAUGCAAUUGCAGUUGGUUGCAUACUGCAAUUUGAAACCCGGGUGUGAGUAUGACAAAUAGGUAUAAAUGUAUGAGAUCAUUUUGCUUCUAAGAAGAUGUUUUGGCUGCCUUUUAAAGCAAAGGAAAAUGAGGUGGGGGAAAAGAUAAUGGAAUUGGUUCAUUUCACAGA